AUGGCCACUUUGCCAGUCGAAGAGGUAGUGCUCACCGAGGAGGUCCUGGAACGCUUUGAAGAGAAAUUUCAAAACAGGAAAUGGGACACCUUUGAACUCCCAGACGGUCCCCUGCCCACCCUCGAGAGGUUUGCAAGACAUGGAGGUCCGGAUCUCAGCGAUCUGCGAUUUGACAACGACGACCCCAACUCUCGGGAAAAGCCCCGAAGCCGCUCACUUGGAGUAGGCCCACGUUCACAGGACAACGAGCUUCCCAACGCUCGGGAAAAGCCUCCAAGCGGCCCAGUUGGAGGAGACGGCCCAGAUGGAAAAAGCGGCCCAGUUGGACCGUCUAGCAACCACUUCGAGGGUAUCCUCACCUCGUACAACAUACAGCCUCUAGGGGAGGUAUUAUCAGAGCAGCAAGAGGCCACCCACGAUCUGGACCGGAUGGAGGCCUGGGUCAGAAACACCCUGAGCGAAACCGAGGUGCCUCACACCCCCCAGUCCAGACAAGCCUUCCUGCGUUUCCGCCCCCUCGGCGCAUCCUAUCUGCCUGGCAACGUCUUCGACGACUUCUCCCAGUACUUCUGCCUCCGGAGAUUCACCGAUGACAAGCCAUCCGUCUACACGAGGCAAGAACUCAAGUUCAGCCCCGAGGCCUCAAUGACGGACGGCAACACCGAGCCCGCCGUGGCCCAGUUCUGCGACGGCUCCGACGUCACCUACCUCACCCAGGACCUCCACCGCCAGCUGGCCGCCCUCGUCGACCCCAGCACGGACUCGGAGGGCCCCAUCGCUCCCAACUUCUUCCUCGAGACGCAGACGCCCUCGGAGCCGCCCGCGAUCCUGAGGAACAAGGCCCGCGAGGUCGGCGCGUACGGCGCGAGGGCCAUCUACACCCUGCGCGGGCACGCCGACGAGGAUAGCCUCCGCCGCCGGGACCGCAACGAGAUGCUCGCCUUCACGGCCACGUUCGAGGACGGCAACCUCAAGCUGUACGGGCACUCGGUGGGAUCGGCCCGGGCCGGCAGGCAGCAGUUCCGGAUGCGCCUCAUCGCGUCGUUCGCCGUCGACUCGGACGUCGAGACGAUGAGGCGGGCGUCGAAGCUGCUGUGGGGGCUGAGGGAAGAGGCUAUGAGGCUGCGGGAUGAGGCGGUCGAGGAUGCCAACAGGCGGCAUCAAGAGGAUGAGGUGAGUCGAGACUCGAUAUUCAUUGGGUAUGAUGUAUUAAAUGAUGACGAUGACCAGGCGCCUUGA